CAAACUCAAAGUAAGUGAAAUCAAUUAAGGAUGAAGCAGUGUGACAAAAACAUCUCUGGAUAGAAUGUCAUGUGUGCCAUUCAAACCCAGGUAACUGUAGAUCAUUUCAAAUAUAGAUAAUUUUCUCAUAUGAGCAGACUUCACUCAAUAUUUUAGGUAGGUUGAAUAUCUGCACUUUAAUUUAGAGGUACAUUUCUGACUAUUUAAAAUGGAGAACAAACUAAAUUUAACUUACAUAACUCUUAAUGGAUAUGUAGAAGUGGAAAAGUACAGAUAUGUCUAUUUUGUCAUUAUUUUUACAAUAUAUGCUCUAGUAAUUUUCUCUAAUUCCACCAUUGUUUAUCUUAUUGUGAUUCAUCAAAGCCUUCAUGAGCCCAUGUAUAUUUUUAUUGCAGCUUUGCUGAUUAACUCUAUUUUUUGCAGCACAACCAUCUACCCAAAGCUUUUGUUUGAUGUUUUAUCUGAAAAACAGAUUAUAUCACACACAAUGUGUCACUUUCAGUAUUUUUUAUUCUACACUUCAGGAGGUUCACAGUUUUUGCUGUUGGCAGCCAUGGCCUAUGACAGAUAUGUGUCUAUAUGCAAACCUUUGAAAUAUCCUAUAAUCAUGAAAAAAACUACCAUCUCUGUUUUCUUGGUCUUAGCGUGGCUUGUGCCUGCUUGUCAGGUUGCAGGAUCAUCAUCACUAAGUGCUACUAGAAGAAUGUGUAACUUUACUCUGCGAGGGAUAUUUUGUAAUAAUUCAGUGUACAAACUUCAUUGUGUGAGUUCAAGAGUUCUGGCUAUUUAUGGUGUGAUUGUUUUGCUCAAUGUUGCAUUUUUUCCUAUGCUCUACAUAGUUUUCACUUACACAAGGAUACUUAUAAUAUCCUAUCACAGCUGUAGAGAAGUCAAGAAAAAAGCUGCACAGACCUGCUUACCUCACCUGCUGGUUUUAUUCAACUAUUCAUUGUUCUGUGCAUAUGAUAUUAUUGUACUUCGACUGGAAUCUGAUAUUUCACAGACUGUAGGUUUAAUAAUGACUUUGCAAGUGGUUUUAUAUCAUCCACUAUUUAAUCCAAUCAUAUAUGGACUAAAAAUGAAAGAAAUUUCUAAACACCUAAAGAGGUUGUUCCACCAAGUAAAGUGAUGUAAAAAGAAAUUAUAAGUUGCUCGAUCCUUAAAACAAAUGUGUUAUUAUGUAUUUAUCCCAUGAGAUAUUCUUUAUAUAAUAUUGAUGUAUCUGUGUUCAUACUUUCUUCUUUUUAAAAAGCAAACUCUUACCUGCCUGCCUGUAAUACAGUUAAAUUGUUAAAUGUGAAGAAUGAUAACAUGAUAUUUUGUUUGUAUGUGUUUGGAAUCGUACUGCCUUUUUGGUAACCACUAGAUUAUCAAGAUGCCACAACUGGAAAAAUGCAGAGAUGGAAAAAGAAAGUUCUGCUUGUGAUCAAUUGACAAUGCACUAAUUUCAUUUUAGUAAUGACCAGCAUUCUGCAAAGAGAGCAGAGAACAGUGAAAAUUAAUGCGUCAAAAUUGAGCAGUGCAUUGAAUGAACCUGAAAACUGUGUGUAACAGCUGGCCUGUACUAUGUGUAGAAGAACAUAAAACAUUUACUGGCACCAGCUCAGUAGGUGAUCUAGUCACCAUAUAUACAUGGCCAGAAAGCAGUCCAGGUCCGAGUCUGACCCGUGCCCCUUUGCUGAAUGUAUUCCCCUCUCUCUCUCUCCACUGUCCAUUUUCAAUAAAGGCAAAAGGAUUAAACUGCAAAAACAUUGGUCACCAUCAAAUCCAUUGCAAAAAUGUAUAACACAUGGACAAUAUGGCUCCAUUUUCUUCCACUGUAGAAAAGUCAAGCCAUAAUUUUGUGCUUGUGAAGGUUGCUCUUUUGCUGAUUCCAAGGCAGGGUCUGUGUAGCGUUGAUUUGGGCCCACACACCAAAUCUUUGUGACUGAAUCCUAGGUAAUCCUUGGAAAACUUGACCUUUGACAUUGAGGUUAAGGUCAUCGGGAUUUGAACUCAUCUGAGACUAAGCUAUCAAUUAGAACAUUCUACAGAAGGUGACUACUGUUGCUGUGAUUGGGUGGCGCUGUCACUUGGUGUUCGCUCGCUCUGCGGUAGAGUAUCACUUCCUGUUCCUGCUCAAACACAGUG